UCGCCUUACUCUGCGUGGAUUGGUUGUCCUUCCCACGAGCCCCUCUCUGACUGGCUCGCGUCGCUGCCACUCCAUUUCAGCCUAGUGGCGCGCAGCGGGGCUGCUACCGGCGGGAACGUGAGCGGCGGCGGCGGUGGCGGAAGUGGCCGGGGAGCCCGGUCCCCGCCGACACCAUGCUUCCUUUGUCACUGCUGAAAACGGCUCAGAAUCACCCAAUGUUGGUGGAGCUCAAAAAUGGGGAGACGUACAAUGGGCACCUGGUGAGCUGCGACAACUGGAUGAACAUCAACUUGCGUGAGGUGAUCUGCACAUCCAGGGACGGGGACAAAUUCUGGCGGAUGCCCGAGUGCUACAUCCGCGGCAGCACCAUCAAGUACCUGCGCAUCCCUGAUGAGAUCAUCGACAUGGUCAAGGAGGAGGUGGUGGCCAAGGGCCGCGGCCGCGGUGGCCUGCAGCAGCAGAAGCAGCAGAAGGGCCGCGGAAUGGGGGGCGCCGGGCGAGGUGUGUUUGGUGGCCGGGGCCGAGGUGGAAUCCCAGGCACCGGCAGAGGUCAACCAGAAAAGAAGCCAGGCAGACAGGCGGGCAAACAGUGAGCCGCCCCUCUGUUCCCCAGAGACUGAGCCGCCGCCUCCGAGCAUCUGCUUCCACCCGCAAGGCCGCGUUUCUACUCUCCAGUUCAUGAGUCUGUUCAGAACAAAAAGAAGAGGCAGGUGUUGGGGGAGGACCCCCUGCCUGUCAUCUUGUGAUCCUCCUCUUUUUUUGUCAGCCAGCAGUUCUACAGUUGGAAACGUUAUUCUGUGCUUCUGGUUUUGUGAAGUCGCAGCCAACUUGAUUCCUGGAAGAUUCUGUGUUUAAUGCAUCUUUAAAGCCCUCCCUCUUGUUUUAAGGGCAGGCAUUUUCCAAACAGGUUUGUUUUGCAUUUUGUGUUAGAUCCCUGUGUGGUGAACAGACGGGAGGUUUUUAUUUUAAGCUGUUUGCACUGAGAUUGACAGCCUGGAGAGUUUCCUGAAACACGGACCCCAAAAUUGCCUUUUCAAAACGAAUCCAGGCGAACGUAUGCCUCAGAAGCUGUUCUGGGGGACGACGCUGGGCCCUGUCCCUUCACUUCCUCUCUCUUUGUGUUACAAAAAUAAAAACAAAUACAACUACAAA